GGAGCCGGCGCCGCGCGAGCCCGAGUCCAGCCCAAGCCGCCCGGCCGCCUUUGUCUGCACCUCGCGCCUGGGUCGGGGACAGCUCCCCCCGCGGCGGGCGCGGGCCGAUGCCCCCGCAGCAGGGGGACCCCGCGUUCCCGGGCCGCUGCGAGGCGCCGCCCGUGCCGCCCCGCCGGGAGCGUGGGGGGCGCGGGCCCGGGGCGCCGGGGGGCCGGGGGCGCGCGGGCGGCGCGGAGGGGCGCGGCGUCAAGUGCGUGCUGGUCGGCGACGGCGCGGUGGGCAAGACCAGCCUGGUGGUGAGCUACACCACCAACGGCUACCCCACCGAGUACAUCCCCACCGCCUUCGACAACUUCUCAGCUGUGGUUUCCGUGGAUGGGCGGCCCGUGAGACUCCAGCUCUGUGACACUGCAGGACAGGAUGAGUUCGACAAGCUCCGGCCUCUGUGCUACACCAGCGCCGACAUCUUCCUCCUGUGCUUCAGUGUCGUGGGCCCCUCCUCCUUCCAGAACGUCAGUGAGAAAUGGGUGCCGGAGAUUCGCUGCCACUGUCCCAAAGCCCCCAUCAUCCUCGUGGGGACGCAGUCGGAUCUCAGAGAAGACGUCAAAGUCCUCAUCGAGCUGGACAAAUGCAAAGAGAAACCCGUGCCCGAGGAGGCGGCCAGGUUGUGUGCUGAGGAGAUCAAAGCUGCCUCCUACAUCGAGUGCUCGGCCUUGACUCAGAAGAACCUCAAAGAGGUCUUUGAUGCAGCCAUCGUCGCCGGAAUCCAGUACUCGGACUCUCAGCAGCAGCCCAGGAAGUCCAAGAGCAGGACUCCGGACAAGAUGAAGACCCUGUCCAAGUCCUGGUGGAAGAAGUACUGCUGUUUCGUAUGAUGCUGGUGGGGCCCCGACGGGCUGUGUUCCGACGAACUCCGCACUAGAGGCUAUAUUAGCUGAAACAACUCCUUUGACCAUGUAGAACCUGUAUAGAGAAUGCGCGUGUAUAUGGAUUAUAGGAGAUGCUCCAAUGUAUGUAUCCUUUCUUGCCUUUGACCUUCUCGUUUGUUUGAGCCGAGGGAUGAGAUACUUAUGCAAGAGAUCUUUGAAGUAAGUUAAGCGUUUGUCAUGACUCUGGGAAUUUAGAGCUCUAGACCUUUGGAUUAAUUUAUAUCUAAUAUGAAAAGGCACCUCAGAUCUGGGCGUCCAGAGUGAAAUUUUGCCACGAGAUAAUGCACAGAAGAACAAAGAGGAAAUGGCAUGGUUAGCUGUCCCUUGAUUGAGGGCCAGCUAUGGUCAGAGUAACUCUUAGCUUUGAAACCUCAUACUUUUCCCCCUUUUUUUUAAGGAGCAAAAGUCUGAGGAAAAAAAAGAGAGAGACCUUUGCCUAUAAAACCUCAAAUCAGUCACUUUGGUUGUAUUCUUAUACCUGGUUGCUUAAGAUUUAAAAGCAAGCAACAAAAAAACAUGCCACUAACUAUGGUGCUGUGUAGACCAAAAAGGAAAAGUUGUUGAUGGGAGUUUUUCAUCCUGAGACCGUAUCAACAGCCAAAAUGCCAUGAGGAGUGUAGCAAGUGAUAGCUCUGUUUUCUUUAGGGAGUGAUUCACGUUGAGCUCAGAGCAUGGUAUUUGCUGUCAUACACAUGAGCCAAACUGCCUGAACCUCUGUGAUGACAGCGCUCAGGAGACCUGUCGGGGUUGUUUCUUACCUUCUAGGCUUCCCUUGCCUCAUCUUCAGGGGGCGUGAACCCUCUUGCAAGGCCUGUAGCAGGCGGAUGUUUGGGGGACACAAAAUGUCCUUAUUUUCCUGAAGUCAGCGUAAAGGUACUUCUUUGUGUACGCACGCAAACACGGAUAUAGAGGUGGCCAUUCUUGCUUCUGAUUCAGACUUUUAAACAGUUAAUGGGAAAAAAUGUGGCCCCAGAAACAGCUGUGAGGGAAGCCUGGCUUCCUCUUUUAACACUUUCUGGAACAGAUCUCUUUUUGAUGAUGCCUUGAGAUGUGAUUCUAGGUGUAUCUUCACACAUUUUGGAGCCCAUGUUAAAACAUGAGCGUCUCUUAGAACCUAUUUUAAUAUGAAUGUCUCUUGAAACCUAUUAAAACAGCCAGUCAAAUCCACACAUGCCUUUCAGGGAGCUGGUGAUAGAGACAGCGCCUCGUGUGGGAUCGGUGGUGGCAGGGACCGCAGCACCCUUGCUCAGCUGUCUCCUCACUGUGGAACAGUCAGAAAACCACAGAUUGGUGACAUGUUUGUGUUCUUCCAGGUGGCGGUUUUUAGGGCUUCAUGUUCUGGAGGGGAAAAGUGCCCAAAGUGCCAGAGAGCAGUUUUACUCUGGGAUGGGGCUGCUUCUGAGAUGCCGAGAAGUAGCUGAAUGCAUCAGAUUGUGACGUCAGGCUUGCAGUGGUGAUGCAGAUCUACCAAAAUCAGUCAGUAACUGGGGAAAUCUCUGUAAUGCCAGCAGGUAGAGGAGUUUAUCUUUCUGUGGGUCUUGUCCUUUUUAUGUUAAAAAAAAAAAUCCAAUUUGUGUUUCUUUUUACAGAAAGUAAAUGAUCAGACUAUACUUUAGGUUAGAGGCUUCCUUCAUUUCUAUUAGUAAAUAAAAUUAACUAAUUUCCUUGUU